AUGGAUCCCUUGGCACAACCCACAGAAUAUAAACCCGGCGAUAUUGCCUGGGUACUGACGUCAACCGCACUGGUGUUCCUGAUGUGCCCUGGCCUGGGGCUCUUCUACGCAGGCAUGGCCCGUAUGAAGCACUCUCUCUCACUCAUGAUGUUGUCCGUUUUGGCUGUGGCUAUGAUUUCGAUCCAAUGGUACUUUUGGGGAUAUUCCUUGACGUUUUCUACGACUGGUGGACCAUUCAUUGGGAACCUGGAUCACAUUGUGGGCCGAGGUAUCGGCUGGGAACCUCAUCCAAGUGCACCGAAUGUUCCUGGAUCAGCCUUCUUUUUGUUCCAAUUGAUGUUUGCAGCUAUUACUCCAGCAUUGGCUUAUGGAGCCACAGCAGAGCGAAUGAGGAUCAUGCCCAGUAUUUUGUUCUUGUUUGUUUGGAGCACCUUGGUCUAUGAUGUGAUCACAUACUGGGUUUGGGGCCCCAAUGGCUGGUUGACUGUGAUGGGCGUGAUGGAUUAUGCAGGAGGUACGCCCGUCCACAUUAGCUCUGGAUCUGCAGCAGUUGCAUAUGCGAUGGUAUUGGGCAAGCGUAAGGAUUAUAACCACCCUUCAACAGUCCCUCACAACGUAGCAUUCGUGUUCAUUGGUACAGCUUUGCUUUGGUUCGGAUGGUUUGGUUUCAAUGGCGGGAGUGCUUUGGCUGCAAAUGCACGAGGUGUCCAGACCAUCAUCAACUCUCACUUGAGCGCCUGUGUUGGAGGUCUGGUUUGGGUCAUGUUGGAUUACCGCCACAACAAGAAGUUGACUCUCAUCGGAUUCUGUACUGGAGCAGUCGCUGGCUUGGCUACAAUCACGCCUGGAUCCGGAUUUGUCUCGAGCUCAAGCUCAUUGGUCUUUGGGUUGGUCGGUGCUGCUGUCUGCAACGUCUGCGUUAGCUGGAAGUCCAAGUACCUUUUUGAUGAUGCCCUGGAUGUCUUUGCAGUCCAUUAUGUCGGAGGUUUGAUUGGGCUGAUCUUGACUGGAGUCUUUGCUCAGCAGUCUAUUAUUGGUCUCGGUUACCCCGUUGGAGCCACAAAUAUCCCUUUGGGAGGAUGGUUGGAUGGUAACCCAAAGCAGAUUUUGGUCCAGCUUGCGGCGAUUGUUUCUGUCACGGGUUGGUCCUUCGUUGUCACCUAUGGUAUUCUUUAUAUCAUGAACAAGAUCCCAGGCAUGCGUCUUCGUUUGGAGGAUCAUGAAGAAGAAAUGGGCACUGAUAUGGCUCAGAUGGGAGAGACUGCUUAUGGAUUCUUGCCAAUGUUUCACAACCAUAAUCACGGCACGAACCGCGACGAAGAAUCCGGAUUAGGAACCAACCAACAUUGCUUGAAAUCUAUGACGCUUUAUGCGCGAUUCUCAAAGACGAUGUCACGCUAG